GGCGGGGACGCGCACCUCCCCUUUCUGCUUCUCCGUGAGGCGGACAAAAGGGCGGGGACCGGGAACAUGCUUGCCAAUUCAGCCAGCGUGCGGAUCCUCAUCAAGGGAGGCAAGGUGGUAAACGAUGACUGCACCCACGAGGCCGAUGUCUACAUCGAGAAUGGCAUCAUCCAGCAGGUGGGCCGUGAGCUCAUGAUCCCUGGUGGGGCCAAGGUGAUUGACGCCACCGGGAAGCUGGUGAUCCCUGGAGGCAUUGACACCAGUACCCACUUCCACCAGACCUUCAUGAACGCCACGUGCGUGGACGACUUCUACCAUGGGACCAAGGCAGCCCUUGUCGGAGGCACCACCAUGAUCAUCGGCCACGUCCUGCCGGAUAAGGAGACCUCCCUCGUGGAUGCCUAUGAGAAAUGCCGGGCUCUGGCCGACCCCAAGGUCUGCUGUGACUACGCCCUACACGUGGGGAUCACCUGGUGGGCACCCAAGGUGAAGGCAGAGAUGGAGACACUGGUGAGGGAGAAGGGUGUCAACUCAUUCCAGAUGUUCAUGACCUACAAAGACUUGUGCAUGCUUCGAGACAGUGAGCUGUACCAAGUAUUCGACGCUUGCAAGGACAUCGGGGCAAUCCCCCGCGUCCAUGCCGAAAACGGGGAGCUCGUGGCUGAGGGUGCUAAAGAGGCGCUGGAUCUGGGUAUCACAGGCCCAGAAGGAAUCGAGAUCAGUCGUCCAGAAGAGCUGGAAGCUGAAGCCACUCACCGUGUUAUCACCAUUGCAAACAGGACCCACUGUCCCAUCUACCUGGUCAACGUGUCUAGCAUCUCGGCCGGUGACGUGAUCGCAGCUGCCAAGAUGCAAGGGAAGGUUGUGCUGGCCGAGACCACCACCGCGCAUGCCACGCUCACAGGCCUACACUACUACCACCAGGACUGGUCGCACGCAGCCGCCUAUGUCACAGUGCCGCCCCUGAGACUGGACACCAACACGUCCACCUACCUCAUGAGCCUGCUGGCCAAUGAUACGCUGAACAUUGUGGCCUCGGACCACCGGCCUUUCACCACAAAACAGAAAGCUAUGGGCAAGGAAGAUUUCACCAAGAUCCCGCACGGCGUGAGCGGCGUUCAGGAUCGCAUGAGCGUCAUCUGGGAGAGAGGCGUGGUUGGAGGGAAGAUGGAUGAGAACCGUUUUGUGGCGGUUACCAGCUCCAACGCAGCUAAGCUUCUCAACCUGUAUCCCCGCAAGGGCCGCAUCAUCCCCGGAGCAGAUGCUGACGUGGUGGUGUGGGACCCAGAAGCCACAAAGACCAUCUCAGCCAGCACCCAAGUGCAGGGUGGAGACUUCAACCUGUACGAGAACAUGCGUUGUCAUGGCGUGCCACUGGUCACCAUCAGCCGGGGACGCGUCGUGUACGAGAAUGGCGUCUUCAUGUGUGCAGAGGGCACCGGCAAGUUCUGUCCCCUGAGGUCCUUCCCAGACACUGUUUACAAGAAGCUGGUCCAGAGAGAAAAGACCUUAAAGGUGAGGGGCGUGGACCGCACCCCCUACCUCGGGGACGUUGCUGUGGUUGUGCAUCCUGGGAAGAAGGAGACAGGCACGCCGCUUGCAGACACCCCCACCCGGCCCGUCACCCGACACGGCGGCAUGCGGGACCCUCACGAGUCCAGCUUCAGCCUCUCCGGCUCUCAGAUCGACGACCAUGUUCCAAAGCGAGCUUCUGCACGAAUCCUCGCUCCCCCUGGAGGCAGGUCGAGCGGCAUCUGGUAAAGGCACCGCCCAGCCCCCACGCGAGGACGCACCGCCGCCUCGGCCCGCCAGCCUCCGCCACAGCUGCAGGGGUGGAGAGGCUGGGCUGGGCGGCACCCCACCCGGGGCCUGGACCCGGGAGCCCUCCCUGUGUCUGAAAUGUGAUUCACUGUGCUUCGAGCCAAGCCUGACAGGCACUUUGAGAUGCAUUC